AUGGUCUCCCCUCAACUUCCCCCCACCUCCUCUCACCUUCCCCUCACCUUCCCCCAGCCUCCCGCCGCCUCCUCCCAGCACCCCCUCACCUCCUCUCAGCCUCCUCUCGCCCCCCUUCAGCUGCUCGGUCCAGCCUCUCAGCUCCGCUGCUCAGCACCCACCACCAACCCCCUCUCGCUCACCCGCGAGGGACAGGAGGGAGAGGGAGGGGGGGGAGGAGAAGUGGGAGAAGGGGGAGGAGGAUUAGGAGGAGGGGAAGGAGGAGGAGGAGGGGGAUCGUUGGCAGAUGUGUGGGUGGGGCAGGGAGGUGGGAGGGAGAGUGAGAGGCGAAGGGAGAUGGAGCGGAGGAUGAGCGAGAGGGAGAUGGGUCGGCUGAGGAGCCGCAGCCUAGGGAGGGCCGGGGCUGCGAGCGGUGUGGCGGGGAGCAGAGCGGCAAUGAGGGAUGUCGAGCAGAGGGGCAGGUGGCAGGGGGAGGGGCAGUGUGGUGGAGCAGGAGAGGGUGAGGGGUGGGGAGAGAGGCCAGGCGGUGAUGAGGGGCGCAGGCACGGGGCGUGCAGUGUCCCUCCCCACGCUGGUGAGCCGUUGCCGCGGCCCCCACAAGCCAGAGAGCCCCCUGCCGCGCCCAGUGUGAUGCGUGGGGCUGCGAGUGUGGAGGGCUGGCGAGACAUGGGCGGAGGGGAGGCGAGUGUGGGGGCUUGGCGGGAUUUGGGAGGCGGGGGUGUCGCGGAGGGCAGUGUGAGGGAGGCGGAUGCUGCCCGCACCGGCACAGCUGGCACAGCUGGCUCUCCCCCCUGCGUGCGCGACGACGCUCAGUCUCCCGCCCUUGACCGUGGUGGGGAUGGCAGUGCCGCGCCGGCUGCAGCAGCAAGCUUGCUUGGGGGAGCAAGCGAGGGGCUGGUUCAUCCGCGGGAGGACAUCUCGCGGGGCAAGGAGGCGGUACCCAUCCCGUGGGUAAACAAGCAUAGCCACGAGCAGCCGCCCGCCUCGUGGAUGUACAUGGAGAAGAGCUAUCCUGCCAGCGACAAAGUGAAAUUCGUCAUCGCGUUGGAUCGCAUUGACGUGUUCUGUGCAAGCUGCCCAAAGGACUGCAUGGACAACAUCCGCUGCCAAUGCACGGAGCCGCUGCGGGGAAACUGGGCAUACACGAGGGACGGCACUCUCACGGACACCUUCUUGAGGACGGUGGAGACGGAGGUGGAGCAGGGCGACGAGGCGGUGAGGAGGCGCAACAAACAGUUUUGUGCUCGUGAGCGCUUGCUGUUGUGCCCCGUGAAUGUAGCGCAGCUGAAGCAGGCCACGGAUGCAUUUCCCCGACACCACUUGGCCGCGGAUGUGCCUGCACCAGCGAGGCUCACUGACAUUCCUGCGAGCGACCUUGAGGCUUACCUUGAGGCGUGUGUGGCGUGCCCCGGGCAUCCCGUGCGCACGUUCAUAAAGGAGUGCUUUGUCAAGUGCGGAUGCGGCAAGAUGUGUGGCAACCGGGUGGUGCAGCGUGGCAUCACAAGGCGCUUGGAGUGUAAACUUUGUAUAUAUAUACAUAUAAUAAUAAUAAUAGUAAGAAUAAUAAUAAUGAUAAUAAUGAUAAUAAUGAUGAUGAUGAUGAUGAUGAUGAUGAUGAUGAUGAUGAUGAUGAUGAUGAUGAUGAUGAUGAUGAUGAUGAUGAUGAUGAUGAUGAUGAUGAUGAUGAUGAUGAUGAUGAUGAUAACAAUAAUAAUAACGUCUUGUUCUAUUCCACACGUGUGCACAAUAGCCCUGAACUUAGGCGACAGCACCACCCGCCAUAUCUGCCAUGUCAACCCAUCAUGUUGGUGUCCCCUGACCAUUGCCAUGCGCCCCGCCAUGGAUGCUGUUCUCCUCCCCUGCACCCGCCACUGCUACGGGCGUGGGCACGGGCACGGGGGGCAGGUGUUCAUGACGGCGGGCAAGGGGUGGGGGGUGCGCACGCUGGAGCGGCUGCCGCGGGGGGCGUUUGUGUUUGAGUACGCGGGGGAGGUGGUUACCAACACCGAGAUGGACGAGCGCAACCAGCAGCAGGCCAGGAACCAGCGUGGCACCUUCCCUAUCUACCUGGAUGCGGACUGGGCGGCGGAGGGGGUUCUGAGUGACGAUGAGGCAUUGUGCCUGGAUGCCACGAAGCUUGGCAACGUGGCGCGAUUCGUCAACCACAGGUGUGGAGAUGGCAACCUGGUGAACGUGCCAGUGGAGAUAGAGCACACGGACCACAUCAUCUACCAUGUGGCCUUUUUCACGCGGAGGGAGGUCGAGCCAAACGAAGAGCUAACAUGG